AAACAAAGUGUAGUGUUUAAAUUUUGGGUUAUUUUUCCUUUCUUAAGUUUUGCUUUUGAUAAGCUAGGUGGAGCUGUUGUUUCUAGGUGAAAUAAUAGUGUAGGUGUUCCAAAGAAUCUUAGUCUUAUUUUGUAAUGUAGUUACAAGGGAUGUUUAGUGGUUCAAGGAGGGUUUUUUUUUUUUGCAUUUUAUUUGAUUAAAGGCCUGAAAUUUUGGAUCAAGUGGGGGAGAACUUUGAACUCAAGUAUUGUUGUUGAGUUUGAGAUUGAGGUGAAAAGGGGUAAUUUACAAUGUGUAGAGUAGAAGAAACAACUGGAAAGUGUGAUUACAAGAAACAGUGGGAAAUAAAGAUAAAGAUUUUUGGGAGAGUGCAUAAGUUGAAGAAUUCAAUGGUUUCAAGGCCUAGAAUGAAGUUAUGGAUGUUAAGGGCAUUAACUUCAAUUUUGUUAUGGACUUGCUUUGCUCAGUUGAUGACAUUGGGAGAAAUGUUUGGUCUAAGAUUGUUGAAAGGUUGGCCUUUUUGUUUCACUCAACCUGGUUCUGAAUUGUCUUCUAUUCCACCAAAACUCAUUCUUCCUCCAAAAAGGUUAUAUAAGAACAAUGGUUAUCUUAUGGUUUCCUGCAAUGGAGGACUUAAUCAAAUGCGAGCUGCAAGGACUCUCUCAAGUUCCCUCAUCGGGGACGAAAGGGAUAAUCCUGGACGGCAACAACCACGGUGGAGACCCGGCGGCGCUCGGCCGAAGAGAGGGAAAAACACUCAAAAGCUUCCUCUCUUCCUCCCCACUUCAAAACUCGAACCCUUUUAG